AUGUUCAAAAAUCUAUUAAAUUUUAAUAACUCUGAAAUAUCACUUCCUGACCAACUUUUACUUAUAAACACAAUUGAUGGACGACUUACUGCAGUAGAUAAAAAUACUGGACUAAUCAAAUGGACAAUUCAAGACGGUUUGAGACACUUUUCCUCCACUUUUGGAGGCAUUCUGGCCACAUUAGAUGCAGAGAAUGGCAAUUUGUUGUGGCUUCAGCAUUUUGACUCUCCAAUUAAAAGUGAGCCAAAAAAAGAGAUUCAAGAAAUGUCGCACAAUUCACACAUCUCACGAGAGUCAGUUCUUGAAGUGGAUGGAAUUGUAAAAGUGGGCAAACUGAGUUACAAUCCAGCCCACGUGAUUGGGAGAGGGUGUGACGGGACUGUCGUAUUUAAAGGUAAUUUCGACCGUCGGGUUGUUGCUAUCAAACGUCUAAUGGCUCAUAAUUAUGUCCUGGCAGAAAGGGAAAUAAAUCUGCUUAUUGACUGUGAUGUCCAUCCGAAUGUGUGCAGAUAUUAUUUUAUGGAAAGUACAUCGGAAUUUUUGUAUAUUGCAUUGGAGUAUUGUAUGGGGACUUUGCAUGAUUUUGUUGAAAAAAAUAUACAAGAUGUGGAUUUGAGCGGGAAAGAGUGUCUAAGACAAGCCUCAUUGGGACUCGAACAUCUCCAUUCUCUCAUACAUAGAGAUAUCAAACCACAAAACAUACUUAUAACUUUUUCUGAUAAAAACAAACGAGCAAAAGCAGUCAUUUCUGAUUUUGGGUUAUGCCGAUCAGUUGAAAGUGACCAAAUGUCAUUUUCCCGCCACUCGGGGAAUGUGGGGACCGAAGGUUGGAUGGCUCCAGAAAUGAUCAAGUUGAAUGUCGAUCGGAUAGUAAGCACUCUAAUAGCACGUUAGUCAUCCUCAGUGGACAUAUUCUCUCUGGGAUGUGUGUUUUAUUACGUGCUUUCCCACGGGCAUCAUCCUUUCGGGGAGUCCCUCAACCGACAGGCUCACAUUCAGGAAAAUAUUUUGAUUUUACAUCAUUUGGAUGCUGAACGUGAUUGGAUUUUGAUAUUUUUAGAUGACCAUGUGGCCAGGACACUCAUUAUGAGAAUGUUGAGUCAUGACCCUUCGAAGAGACCGAGUUGUGGAAGUGUGAUGAAUCAGCCUUUCUUUUGGGACUCUGCAAAAAUAUUGUCAUUUUUUUUGGUGUUGGAUUUUGUUGACGGAAUUGUAGAUUUGGGGAGAUUUCGUACUUAUAAGGGACGAUAUGUGAGAGAUCUGCUCAGGGCAAUUCGGAAUAAGAAUCAUUACGCUGAAAUGCCGGAUGAUGUGAAAAGGUCUUUGGGGGAAAUUCCAGAUGAAUUUGUAAAAUAUUUUACCAACAGAUUUCCUUACCUGCUUGUUUUUGUGUAUGAGGCAAUGAAAGUCUGUGCUGAAGAGCCCAAUUUUCGUAAAUACUACUCUGUUGAUAAAUCAUUUUUAUGA